AUGGCAGUCGUUACCAGUAGAAAAACUAAGCCACAGAAAUCUUUGCUACCAGCAAAUACGUCAACUGCUUACACCCGAAAUCAAGCUGUGGACGGACGACUACCUGACUUUGUAGAGGUCGAUAAUCGCCAUCUUGGAACUGGCCUGUUUGCAUCGUUCGCACCCUUCAACGAUGUCUUGGACAUCAUAUUACUCAAGUACUUUGGCUUUACUGGCGACACAUUCAAGUUCCAUGAAGGCUUACCGUUUGGAAGGGUACCUGUAGUCGGCAAGUUUGAUUUGAGUCUAGCUUUUUUGGAAAAAUUUGGGGCUGCUGCGAGUAUCACCUACGUCCUUGUGAUGAUGGGUGGACAGGAGAUCAUGAGAGGAUUCAAGCCCUUCACACUUAAAUAUCCUAUAUUUCUACACAAUGCAAUCAUGUCUGUCGCAUCGGCCAUUCUAUUCAUGUUGAUAUUGGAACCGCUAGUUCCAAUGAUUUACGAGCAUGGUCCCAACUAUGCUAUUUGUAGCAUUAAGGCAGUGACUCCUCGUUUAAUGAUGCUCUACUACUUUAACUUCCUAUUCAAGAUUUGGGAAUUCAUAGACACGGGCUUUAUGGUUUUGAGAAAGCGACCUUUAGAAUUCUUGCACGUCUAUCACCACAGUGCUACGGCUGGACUCGCGUACCUUUUCUUGACAACGACUCAAUCAGCUAUAUGGUUUCCUAUUCUACUGAACUUGGCUGUCCACGUCUUGAUGUAUUACGUGAUACUAUGCCGUAUCAACCAUCUCAAAACGCAGAAUUUGGUGGAAGAAGCACUUGACCAGUAUGCAAAUAUCCCAAUUCGUCCUCGAUCUUGGCUGAAAACUGAGUAUGGGCUCAGAACUGUGGAAAAUUGCCAUUCGUCGGAUCCACACAUUCAGGCCGUCGUCACCGGCAUCAUCAUUUCGAGUUACCUUGCAUUGUUCUUGGACUUUUACUUCCGGUCGUACACUCAAGCUGCUGCUGCAAAGAAGAAUGCCAUAAAGACCAAUGGCAAAGCUCAUCAUACCAAUGGCCACAGCAACGGCAAUGGCGUUUAUAACAAGGAAGAGUAA